UCAGUCCAAGGACAUUACUCUGCAGGGGAAGAGGCUGUGACUCGCGCAGUGAGCUGCGCGGACCGAGCCUGCCUCCAGCCCGCUGCCAGCCUGCCGGCCGCCGUGCGCUGGCUCUGUUAUUUAACCCAGCCCAGCCGGGAGGCCCCAGUGGAGGCAGCCUCCUGGCCCUGCGGUUGUACUCUCCGGGAAAGGAGGGUUGCCUGGGACAGAAUUGGCAAACUCCACCCUCUACUUGUUAUUUUGCUUAUUUUUCUUUGUGAACGCCUGUUAAUUUGUUAAACCAGAUCUAGUCCCAGAAUCUUUCUCCUCCCUUCCCCUCUCCUCCUUCUACCCUCCUCCCCACUCCAUCUCCUUAUACUUCCCCUUCUCCCUUCUAUCCUUCUGCAGGAGCCUCUCGCAGCGACGGAAAGUUGCAGUCCCUGGUACUGCUUUGAGGGUCUGCCAGCAGUGUCCAAUUGCCUCCACCCCUCUCCGACUUCUCCUUCACCCGCACCCUCGCUAAUUGCUGCCCGAUCGCCUGUGCCCAGGACGUCCCACCCAUGACGAUGCUCCUGGAUGGAGGCCCACAGUUCCCCGGGCUGGGAGUGGGAAGCUUCGGCGCGCCGCGCCACCACGAGAUGCCCAACCGCGAGCCGGCGGGCAUGGGGCUAAGUUCCUUCGGGGACUCGCCUCACGCUGCCGCCUCCGCUGCCUUCAAACUGAGCCCCGCUGCAGCUCAGGAUCUAUCUUCCAGCCAGAGCUCUGCGUUCACGCCACAGGGUUCGGGUUAUGCCAAUGCCCUGGGCCAUCACCACCACCACCAUCAUCAUCACCAUCACCACAUCAGCCAGGUGCCCAGCUAUGGCGGUGCCGCCUCCGCUGCCUUCAGUUCCACGCGCGACUUUCUGUUCCGUCAGCGCAGCUCCGGGCUCGGCGAGGCUGCCUCGGGUGGCGGGCAGCACACUCUCUUCGCGGGUUCGGCGAGUGGUCUGCACGCUUCAGCUGGCAUCCCUGAGCCCCCAAGCUACCUGAUCUUCCCCGGACUGCAUGAGCAGAGCACCGGGCACCUGUCGCCUACAGGGCACGUGGACAACAACCACGUCCACAUGGGGCUGCGCGGGGAGCUCUUUGGCCGUGCGGACCCGUACCGCACGGUAGCCAGCCCGCGCACGGACCCCUACACGGCCGGCGCACAGUUCCCUAACUACACCCCCAUGAACGUGAACGCGGGCGUGAACGUGGCAGCCCACCACGGACCUGGAGCCUUCUUCCGUUACAUGCGGCAGCCCAUCAAGCAGGAGCUGUCUUGCAAGUGGAUUGAGGAGGCACAGAUAAGCCGGCCCAAGAAGAGCUGCGACCGGACCUUCUGCACCAUGCAUGAGCUGGUAACACAUGUCACCAUGGAGCAUGUGGGGGGCCCGGAGCAGAACAACCACGUCUGCUACUGGGAGGAGUGCCCCCGCGAGGGCAAGUCCUUCAAAGCGAAGUACAAACUAGUCAACCACAUUCGAGUGCACACUGGCGAGAAGCCCUUCCCAUGUCCCUUCCCCGGCUGUGGAAAGAUCUUUGCCCGCUCCGAGAAUCUUAAGAUUCACAAGAGGACCCACACAGGUGAGAAACCUUUCAAAUGUGAAUUUGAAGGCUGUGACAGGCGCUUUGCCAACAGCAGCGACCGCAAGAAGCACAUGCAUGUGCACACCUCCGACAAGCCCUAUAUCUGCAAAGUGUGCGACAAGUCUUACACGCACCCGAGUUCUCUGCGCAAGCACAUGAAGUGUUGUCCUGCUUGGUAUCCUGGGCAGUCUCUAAUUCCUGAAGAAGAACUUGAUACUGACCUUGGUAUGCAGCAGCCAGCCCUCCAUAACACUACCUGUGCUAAAUGCAGGGUUAAUGCCCAACAUACUGUGCAAGAAAUGAUUUACUGAUGAGGUUUCAAAGAAAACCAGGUCAAUUAUUUGUGUUACCUUGAAAUGAUUAUUUUAAGAGUAGUAGCUUCUUCCUUAGGUAUAAAAAGACUAUUUUUUUCUUUUGGUGUAUUUCAAUCUGUGUUGAGCAAUUGUUUGUGAAAUGAAAAAGCAAAACAGCUCCUGCCCUGAAUUGUAAAUUGGAGGAUGGAGGUGCAGACUGCUGGUCUGUUUCAUUACCCAGUAUGUAUUACCUCAUGCAUUGUGUUGACCUUGUUGAAAAUCUCUUUCAAAUAUCUGCAUUCCACCUGUAGAACUAAAGUGUUUAAAAAUAGAAGUAUGGAUGCUUGUUUCAUUAAUUUUAUAUGUUUGUGUUCAAAAAGCAAUACACAGGAUUCCUACAACUGUUGUUUGACCUAAAUAAACUAUUUAAAUUA